AUGUCUAUUUCGAUUUCAGGUGCUGAUACAGCUAACAUAGUUAACUUAUUAAAUCGAUUGAUACAAAGUAAAAAUGGUUUUGAACUCGCAAUUGAAUGUCUUUCUUGCUGGCAGGAUUUAAUUGGUGCAAGUUAUUGUUUGGAGCCAAUUUCAAGUGAACUUCAACAAACUGAAAGAGGACAAAUUAUAUGUUUAUGCUUGAAAUUUCUCAAUCGUUUGUUGGAAUAUUCUCCAAAUGCUAUUGCUCGAAUACGUAUUAAUCACGAAUUGAAAGGUUAA